AGACUAUGCCAACCCUGGAGGAAAACGUUGAUUGUCCGGCUCCUUGGACGUUCAAUCUCGUAUUCGUAUCUAGUAUCACAGCUGCGCUGGAAAUGGCGACCGAUUGGUUCUCUAGAGGUGAUGGAUCUCAACAAUGAUACGUUCCUGGCUACUUUUGGGGACGAUCAAGACUACUUAAGGGCGCUCACCGGAGGCCCGUGGGUGAUAUUGGAUCACUACUUGAUCGUCCACGAGUGGUCACCUGCCUUCCGCACAUCCGACAAACUACACCGAUCGCUGGUAGUCUGGGUACAACUACCAGAAUUGUCGGUACACUUCUAUCAAACAAAGAUUCUCUUCGCUCUAAGAAACCUCAUCGGACGUACAAUCAAGCUCGAUUAUCACACAGAAAACCGAGAACGAGGUGAAUUUGCCAGACUGGCUAUUGAGUUAGACAUGACUAAGCCUCUUCCCACGAAAAUAUGGCAGGAAAAUUUAUGGCAAUUAGUGCUUUAUAAAAAUUUACCAACGAUUUGCUACGAGUGCGGCCGAAUUGGGAAACAAGAGGAUUCUUGUCCUCAACGCGCACAGAACACGCAGCUCUUUACUGUAGGGCUGCCGAAAACAGAGUCUGCGACUACACCGACGACCAGCUCCCAGGAACCGCCGGCGGGCUUUGGCCCCUAG